GACAUUCUUUCUGACAUUGACAUUUUUCUCUUGUUUCUUGAGUAUUUUCCCGGCAUUUUCUUAUUUUUCCUAAGAGAUCAUUUGAAAAUUAUUUAUAACACCGUGUUGGUUGUAAAUCCCUUAUACCAUGGAUUUUUUGGAAUACUCCGACAUAAGUUCGGAGACAAAAGGAUGCAUGAUUUCUGGAAGACUCAAAAUGACCGACCAAAACAUAAUAUUCAAGAACAGCAAGACCGGUAAAGUCGAACAAAUACCCUCGUCUGAUUUAGAAGCAGUAAACUUCCAAAAUUUUGCUGGCACAUGGGGCAUUCGCAUGUUUAUGAAGAACGGCACAUUACACAGAUACGUAGGUUUCAAAGAAUCCGACAAAGAAAAAAUUGCCAAGUUCUUUUCGAAUACCUACAAGAUAGAUAUGCUGGAAAAAGAAUUAAGCUUGAAAGGAUGGAACUGGGGCACUGCCAAGUUUAAAGGCUCAGUUUUAAGCUUCGAUAUUGGGGAAAAAAGCGCUUUUGAAAUACCUUUGAACCAUGUUUCGCAGUGCACUGCUGGAAAGAAUGAAAUAACAGUGGAAUUUCAUCAGAAUGAUGAUGCCCCUGUGAGUCUUAUGGAAAUGCGAUUUUUUAUUCCUUCAAGUGAAUUGGCAGGCGAUACAGACCCAGUCGAAGCGUUUCAACAGAAUGUUAUGCAGAAAGCGAGUGUCAUCAAUGUGUCUGGCGAUGCUAUUGCUAUAUUUAGAGAAAUUCACUGUCUUACUCCUAGAGGUCGAUAUGACAUUAAAAUCUUUACCUCCUUUUUCCAACUUCACGGUAAAACAUUCGAUUACAAGAUUCCCAUGUCGACAGUUCUGCGUUUAUUUAUUCUACCCCAUAAGGAUGGUAGACAGAUGUUCUUUGUUGUGAGCUUAGAUCCUCCAAUAAAACAGGGUCAAACUAGGUACCACUUCUUGGUGCUUCUUUUCAAGCAGGAGGAUGAAACUUCAAUAGAGUUACCAUAUACUGAUGAAGAAUUGAAGGAGAAAUAUGAAGGUAAAUUAGAGAAAGAGUUGUCUGGGCCGACUUACGAAGUUUUAGGAAAAGUUAUGAAGCAUAUUGUGGGAAGGAAGCUUACAGGACCUGGAGGGUUUAUUGGACAUUCAGGUACCCCAGCUGUGGGUUGUUCCUUCAAGGCAGCUGCUGGUUACUUGUACCCACUGGAAAGAGGGUUCAUAUACGUUCACAAACCGCCUCUUCACAUAAGAUUUGAAGAAAUUUCUUCUGUGAACUUCGCUAGAGGUGGUGGAGGUGCAAGAUCGUUUGAUUUUGAGGUUGAGUUGAAGUCAGGAACAGUUCACACGUUUAGCAGUAUCGAAAAGGAGGAAUAUGGGAAAUUAUUUGAUUUCAUAACCUCAAAGAAGAUCAAUAUUAAGAACAGAGGAAAGAGUGAUAAAGCCUCUUAUAACGACGACUUUGGCAAUUCUGAUGAAGAGGCUGCACCAGAUGCCUAUCUCGAACGUGUUAAAGCAGAAGGGCAAGAAAGAGAUGAUGACGAUGACGAUGACGAGAGCACCGACGAGGACUUUGAUCCCGACAAGGAAAAGGCCAAAGACAGCGACAUUGCUGAGGAGUUCGACAGCAAUCCUAGCACUAGUGAAAGCGAAGCUGGCGAAGAGGGUUCAGAUGGUGAAAAGAAGGAAAAGAAAAAGAAAGAGAAGAAAAAGAGCGCCAAAACUAUAUCGGAAAAACCGCGAAAACCGAGAAAAUCUAAAAAAGACAAAGACGAAAACAGGCCCAAACGCGCAGCUACUGCUUUCAUGUUGUGGCUGAACGCUCACAGGGAAUCAAUCAAAAAAGACAACCCCGGCAUCAAGGUGACGGAAAUCGCGAAAAAAGGCGGAGAAAUGUGGAGGGAACUCAAAGACAAAAGCGAGUGGGAACAGAAAGCCGCUAAAGAAAAAGAAGAAUACACCAAAGCCAUGGAGGAAUACAAGAAGAGCGGUGGGGGUGACAGCAAGAAGUCGUCAUCAGACUCCAAGAAAUCAGAGAGUAAGAAAUCUUCGUCUUCCUCGAAGAAACCUGCAGCAGAAUCACCUUCAAAAACUUCUGGAAGCUUCAAGAGUAAAGAAUUUAUCGAAGACUCGGAUAGUAGUUCAGAUGACGAUGAUAAAAAGAAGAAAGACUCAAAGAAGGAUUCUAAACCUGAGAAAAGGAAAAAAGAAAGCGACGAUGAAAAGGAAACUAAAAAGUCCAAGAAAAAGGAUGAAAGUGAAGAAGAAGAAGGUUCAGACAGUGGAUCUGAUGAAGAUGAUAAAAAGAAGAAAGCUUCUAAAAAGAGCGCUAAAGAAUCGAAACCUGACAAAAAGAAAAAAGGAAGCGAAGAUGAAGAAGAGGAAGGUUCAGACAGUGGUUCGGAUGAUGAUAAAAAGAAGAAAGCCUCUAAAAAGAGUGCCAAAGAAGACAAAAAAGGAGACAAAAAGAAGAAAGAGAGUGAAGAUGAAGAGGAGGAGGAAGAGAUACUCAGCACUCCCGAGUCCAGCGGUGCGGAGGACGAUGAUGAUGAUGAGGGCGAUGAUUCUGAUUAAAUUACCGGUAAAUUUUCA